AAAUACACACUUAUAUUUAAUCUUUUUCAUUUUACUUAUUUAACAUCCAACAUGGCUAGUGCAUUAAAAGUGCCGUUUCAGGUGGGAAUGAGGCGGUUGUUUUAUGCUGUAACACCUAAUGAAACAUCAUUCUCUGAUGUUAAAGACGUACCGCCCUACACAGACGAAUCCGGGCCAUUCUUCUUCGUUUUAAUAUUCCUAGAGUUGGCCAUUUCUUCUUAUAAAAAGGAUGGAAAGUACAGACUCGGUGACAGUAUUACAUCCAUUAGUGCUGGGGUGUUUUCUAGGUUUCCAUUGUUAUUCAUAAAAGCCAUUAGCCUUGUGUCGUAUAUGUGGGUACAUGAGCACUUCAAGAUAUUCGAGUUACCAUGGAAUUCGCAAUGGACAUGGUGGUUCUGCUUUUUAGGCGUAGAUAUGGGUUAUUACUGGUUCCAUAGACUUGCACACGAGGUGAAUUUUAUGUGGGCAGCCCAUCAAGUACAUCACAGUUCAGAAGAUUACAAUCUAGCUACAGCCUUACGACAAUCUAUCUUACAGAGUUAUACAUCCUGGGUGUUUUAUCUUCCACUUGCCUUAUUUAUCCCACCACAGAUUUUUAUUGUCCACAUGGAAUUGAACAUCUUAUAUCAGUUUUGGAUACAUACACAGUAUGUAAAAUCCCUCGGGCCAUUAGAAUAUAUACUAAAUACUCCAAGUCAUCAUAGAGUACAUCAUGGUCGAAAUCGGUAUUGUAUUGACAAGAAUUAUGCCGGAACCCUCAUCAUUUGGGACAGAUUGUUUGGAACGUUUGAAGCAGAAAACGAAGAAGUAGUAUAUGGGCUGACCCAUCCCCUGAAUACUUAUGAUCCAAACUAUGUACAGUUUUGUCACGCCAAGUAUACAUUUCAACGGUUUUUGGAUACGAAAGGAAUAAAAAACAAAUUGGGUGUGUUAUUUUGUGGACCAGGAUGGGAGGAAGGAAAACCCAGAACAGGAUUAAUUGAAGAUAUUCCAAACGUUAAGGCACCACAUCCAAAGUAUGACCCAAAGCAUUCCUUGAUAUUUAAUAUUUACGCUGCUGUUCACUUUACAGUACUACUGAUAAUGAACAUAGAGCUUGUAACACAGAAAGGGAGUUUGUCACAAGCUUUGAUCAUUUGUUUAUUAUUGUAUUCCGGAUUCAGUCUUACUUGCUUCGGAAAAAUAUUUGAUAACGCACCAUACGCUGUGUAUUACGAGAUCACACGAUGUGCUGCCUCAUUAUUACUGAAUUGGGUCAUGUGCUUUUUUGAAGUAUAUCAACCAAGUGAUCGUCCAGAAAGUGUCAAGUUUCUACAGAUACUAUUCCUAUUAAGUUUAGUAUCCAUUAUGCUGUUUACAAUAAGGAAGAAGGACAAAACAGCUUGAAUUGUGAAUACCAGGAUUGUUUCAGAGAAACUAUGAACCAAAUACAGCAUAUUCUUUUAAGUGAUAUAAAUUUUACGGGUGAAACAUAUAGUUAGGGUGUUUUCACGUCGAAUUUGCCAAUCAUGCUUAAUGCAAUAAUUCGUCUAGCUCUAUAAAGCUGUCACAAUUAGUUAAUUUAACAUUCCUUGGGUAAAUAAACUCGUCAUAGAUACCAGAACUAAAUUUAGUAUAUACGCCAGACGCGCGUUUCAUCUACAAAAGACUCAUGAGUGACGCUCAAAUUAAAAAAAAUAUAUUAGUGAUUAGAUACAUUUGAAUGAUUCGUUUCCGUGCCUAUAAAUGACAAUUAAUUCAUGCAAGAUUUUAGUUUAAAGAAUAUCUGAAAAAUGCAAAUAGUUAAGAAACCAAAUACUCGGUACGUAUUUAGUGUAUCAGAAACAAAAAGGGAAUGCAGAACAAAUUUGCAGAGAAGCUAAAACCGCAUAUGUGUAAACUUUCCGUAAUGGAAUAGAACUUGUUGUUUAGUUACAAUGAUGGAAUUCGUAAUAUAAAAGAUAUAGAAUUAAAAUUUGUUUUAUAUAUUACAGUACCGAACCAAUCUGAAUAGUUCACUACAUCUGAUUCAGUUGAACCAACUCCGUGAUUGAAAUAAAAACUUUUUCUAUCAUGGUUACUUAUGAUACAAAUUUCUAAAAAUAAAAAUCGAUUAUCAAUGUGCUCUAAGAGAAUAGGGAAGAGUCCUUCCCUCCCCCGAUUUUAUUUUAUACUAGUAAAACUUUUGCGACACUUUUUACCAUUUGAUUACAGAUAUAUUUCACGCGUAUUAGUAACAUGAUUCAGAUAUUUGAAGUUGUAUUUGAAUAAAUUUAAAUCGACAUUACAAUGAAUAUGUACAAUAACUUGUGUAUUGGUGGCAAUAUUGCUAAUACGAAUGUUAUUACCCCACUAACUCCUGGGAUGUCACCCUGUCUUCUACGUAUUAUAAUUGCAGCUAUGUAUUGUCACGUAACAACUAUUCAUAGAAUUAGAUUAAAUCAUUACUUACGCUAUCAAGUGCCAAAUUGUGUUUGCCUUUGUUUGAUGUAUAUUGUAUUAUCAUUGAUUUGUCUAGUGCGAUGUAUUUUUUUUGUUAAAUUUGCAUCUGUUAUUUUAAUUAAUAUGCAGAUUUAUGAAAUA